AUGGGCAAGAAGCGAAAGAGACCCGUCAAGGACCGCGGUCCCACGGCCACGUCUCAGCCGAGUAUCACCGCAUCGCCCAGUUGUUUCAAAGUCGCCAAAGCCCCAGUAUCGCAAAACGACCAAACCACAACACACCCCGUGAUUUCGCUUUACUACCGCCAAGUCCUCACUCUCCGACAAUACCUUUUACGCCAACUCCCCGCCUCGUCGAAGGUGCGACGGCGGCGCAUCGCUUCGUUGCGCCCGUCCGGCCCACCAAGUAUAGCCGAGCGCGGCAACGACACGGGCUUUCCACUAGCCGACCUGCUGGAUUCCACGCUAAUCGGCGUGCUGAAGGAACCAUCGCCCAAGAUUGAUUCAGAUCGCCAGCGCGAUUAUCGGGCCUUUACCCAAUCCCAAUCGCGCUCGAUCCUCGUCAGCACGGAUACGGGGCCAACAUCGCCGCAAUCUGAGGUGGUCAAUUUUGUGAUCGAGACGCUCUUUGCUCGAACUCCGGGUUGGCAGAAACCACAGCACUUGCUCACGCAUGGCUAUGGUCCCUAUCGACCGACGGACCCGAGUAUUUUGGAAACAAGUAUUAUCGGUCUGGUGGCCCAGUUUCCGAAUAAGAACGUUCGGACCCUGAAGGAGGCGCCAUGGUCGGAUGUUUUGGGCCUUUUGGGUGAGAAUGGGGAUGAUAUUAUGAUGCGAUUGCUGUUCGAUUGCGGUAUCUUUGCGCCUGUGAAUGCCCGUAGAGGUAUCUACUACCAAUUGAGCGGACUACCAUUGUCUGAACUUGAGCCAUUCGAACAGAAGUGUGCCAAGGCCUCAGAAUCUUUGGCGGAUCGAAAGUCGGCCAGUAAGACGGUCAAAGACGAUAAGGCUCGGAAAGGAACCAAUGGCUCCAAUAGCAUUAUCUUCUCUCGCCGGCGUAUGCUCUACGGCAGAUCUGGGGGUGAAGGCAAAGGGCAGAUGCGCUCCGGACUAGGUACCACGCAUGUACUCAAUCGAUACAAAUCCCUAGACUCAGAGGCGCACACUGUCCAUUUGAUCAACUACAUUUUCCCUCGGCAGUUUGGCCUCCAGAAUGUGUUUACAUCGACAGACAAUAGCUACGGCAACACGCCGAAUGUUGUCUUUCGCGAACCUGAAAUACGACGACUCAUAGAAAAGGAGCAAUUGCGCCGCUCUGCGCCUAACGGUGAUCAAGCGCAGGAGACCGAUAAAAAUGCUGCUCAUACAAAGCUGCCCAAGCGACUUCGUGGGCAAACUCUGGAGCUUGUUCAGAGAUUCCGAAUUCGCCAUUCAAAAUGUCCAUAUCGACAGUUACUGGACUAUUAUUGCCCAGAUGAAGCUGUUGGACCACGAAAACUUGGCACCGCCACCUCUCCCACGAAGAGACGAAAAGAGAACAGCGAACCUGGAUCAUCGAUUGGCGGGAGUCUAGUGACACAACUCCAAGCAAAAACCCCAUCUUCGACUGGGCAGCCAAAUACUCAGAGUCAUGCUCCCGAACUCCCUGUUACCGAUGAAAAUACUGAGACCAAGGGGCGUCCUGAGCGGAAAGUCAAUCUGACUGAUUAUGCUACUCCCGCGUCUGCUGUCUCGGCCUUUUGUCGUGCAGUAAUCCUCAAAAUUGUGCCACCUCGAUUUUUUGGAGAGGGAUCAGAGGGCUUGACGAACCGCAGGAUCAUAAUGAAGCACGUAGACGCCUUCAUCAAAAUGCGUCGGUUCGAAAGUCUGAGUCUACAUGAGGUGUGCAGUGGUUUGAAGGUCGCCAACAUUAUUUGGCUGGCACCACAGAAUUUCCAGAAUCCUUCGGGAUCUGGGAAUGCAAAGCUCGCACUUUCGGAUUUUCAAAAACGCACAGAACUGCUGCACGAGUUCAUUUAUUACAUCUUCGAGUCAAUUUUGAUCCCCCUCGUCCGUACCAACUUCUACGUCACCGAAUCUCAGACCCAUCGCAAUCGUCUUUUCUUCUUUCGACACGAUGUCUGGCGAAGCUUGACGGAACAACCGAUGGCAGAUCUCAAGGUGAACAUGUUCGAGCAACUCAACCCUGAAAAGGCCCACGUCAUGCUGGGCAAGCGGUCUCUUGGCCUGGGUACCCUUCGUUUACUUCCAAAGUCAACUGGGCUGCGACCGAUUCUUAACCUGAAAAAACGCUUCCUGAUGAAAUCACAAUGGGGUAAUAACAAGACCUACCUAGGAGCGAGUGUCAACAGCAAUCUUGCCCCUAUCUACAAUAUGCUGUCCUAUGAGCGAGAGCGGUGUCCUGAGCAACUGGGCUCGUCCCUGAUGUCGGUGGGAGACAUGCAUUCGAGGCUGAAAGAAUUCAAGAACCAUAUCAGCAGACAUGCGCCGGUAUCGGUAGGACCGAAAGCUGACCGACUACCACAACUGUUCUUCGUCAAACUUGAUAUCCAAGCCUGUUUUGACACCAUCCCGCAAAAGAAGUUGCUGCGUCUCGUCGAGCAGUUGGUCUCCGAAGAGGCAUACCAUGUCACCAGAUACGUUGCCGUACAUCCGAGUAUGCAUGGUAGAGCCACACGAAGGUUCCUCGGGCGCGCUGCACCUUUGGCCAAACAACAGUACUUUCCCGACCUCGCCGCCGGUGGUACAACCGGCACUGCCAAUACAGUGUAUGUCGACACCAUCAAACAGAAAGAGCAUGACGCAGAUGAGCUGCUGUGUCUCCUCGAGGAGCACGUACGAAACAACCUGGUCAAGAUUGGGAAGAAUUACUUUCGCCAGCGUAACGGCAUCCCCCAAGGCUCCGUGCUAUCCAGUCUGCUAUGUAAUUUCUUCUACGCCCAGCUGGAACAGCAGGUCUUGAAUUUCCUCCAACCUGCAGAUUCGCUUCUUCUCCGAUUAGUGGAUGAUUUCCUGCUCAUCACCACCGACGUCAAUCAAGCCACCCAGUUUCUGCAAGUGAUGCACCGUGGUCAGCCUGCGUAUGGUGUCUCGGUCCACCCGGCCAAGAGCUUGGUGAAUUUCACCGCUGCAGUAGAUGGAAUCUACAUCCCACGAUUGGAAGGCACACCCCUCUUCCCUUACUGUGGAUGCCUGAUUGAUACACACACCUUGGAGAUCCACAAGGACCAAGAUCGAAUGCUGGAAGGCGGCGCCUCUGCCGCAGCCACUAUCUCCAACACGUUGACCGUCGAGACCAGCCGACUCCCCGGUCGCUCCUUUCACCGCAGAAUGCUGGCAUUAAUGCGGCCCCAACUACACUCGAUGUACCUAGACGCAGACCACAACACUCGCAACGUGGUGCUGGCCAAUCUCUACACAGGCUUCAUAACCGCCGCGAUGAAAAUGUACCGGUACAUGAAGUCUCUCCGUGGUCGCGCCCACCCCCAACACCCCAUCAUCAUCCAGACCAUCAACGACCUCGUCCAGCAAACAGCGAGCCUAAUCCAGACGCGCCGAGCAUCUCGAUCAGCGCCGCUGACAUGCUUCGUGCAGCUGUCUCACCUGCAAUACCUGGCGAGUGCCGCAUUCCGCUUUGUCCUGAGACGCAAGCAAACGCGGUAUGCGCCUGUUCUCCACUGGCUGGACUCGCUGUGGAGGGCGUCGCGUCCGGCGACGAACGCCGACGCGGUGCGUCUGCUGCAAGUUGUGAGAAAGGGUAAUGCGCUAUUUGAAGCAUGGCGGUUCUAA